AAGAGAUAUUACAUAGAGAGAGACUGAGAAAGAUGGAGUUGAACAAUAAGGUAUUGGUGAAGGUAGCUUUGUUUGUUUUCUUGUUGGGCUUCACUGCAACUGUUGAUGCUCGCUUUGAUCCAGCCUCCUUCCUCAAUGAAGUGCUCCCUAAUGGUGAUGGCAGUUACUAUAUAAAAUCAACAACCAAAGCAUGCUGUAAUAAAUGCUUUUGCACAAAAUCAAUCCCUCCUAUAUGCCAAUGUGCAGAUAUUGGUGAAACCUGUCACGCAGCUUGUAAAUUUUGCAGGUGUACAUUUUCGAUUCCUCCACAGUGUCGUUGCCUUGAUAAAACCGACUUCUGCUAUGAACCAUGUUACUCCUCUGAAGCUGAAUCUGAAGCUCACUAAGAAUGAACUAUGAUGUGAGACAGAGUCACUUAGGCUUUUGUUUUCAUGUAUGAUGUA